AUGAAGGAGCGCUUUCGUUCAGGAGGCAGACGAGUUCGACGUUCUGCGCAGGCUCUGAAGCUGUCAAUUCCCUAUUCGAUACUAGAGGACUCAGAAGAAGAGCUGCCGCAGAAGUCUGAUAGUUUUCUGGUGGAGACGUUGCCAAAGAAUCUCCAGGAGGUCAAACAAGGCACCUACAUUCACUUUCGCAUUUGUGCCAAAGGAGUGAUCCCAGCGGAGGUAUGCGAUUCAGCGCAUGUUUCUAGUACCUCUGACUACUUUUUUUUGUAACUUUUCAAGAACCAGACAUUUUAAAUACUUUCAAACUUCAACUACCUAAGUCUGAAGACCAUCGAGGUCAGGUGAACAAAGUGGAAAAGUUCGUAAAUCAAAUGAAGGGAUAGGUGGACAAAUAAAAUUGCUAACUUACAAGUUGUAUGGCUCAUUUAUACGGAUUUCUACAGAUGUGGUAAAAUACUGGAGAUAUACCACAAUGUGUUAAGCGUUAAAAAGUGUUAAAUCCAACUAGACUGGCCACCAGGCCGGUUCAUUUACAAUCAGGGAAAAAGACACGACGUCGUGGUUCGCACUGGUUGGUUUCUGACGAACUGAAAGUAAGUAUUUCAGAAUUUUACAAUCAUGCGCCGCUGUGCGGCUGCUGGUUGCGCUCGAAAGCGAGAGCCCGUAAGGCACAAUGCGACGAGUGAGUUACGUAAAAUACGAUCUGCCGACGAAGGAUUAUAUGUGCACGCAAGUGUGGUGGAAUUCCAGAGCCCAGCUCUGGCAAUUUGGUAAGUGUGAUGUGGUCUUUUCAUGCAGCAACAUCGGUUCAGUUGUUUCAUGAUCGGUUUUUUAUGCAGUAUUUCAAUCUAAUUGCGACAUGACUCAGACGUGAUUGCAUUAUCCUGUGUCAGAAAAGGUCCGUCAAUAAUCUCCUUAACGUUAGGGAAAGUGGAGGCCAUACUAACAGCACAGGUACUAACUAAAAGUCUAUACACGCGUGUUUUGCCCAUAGUCUGCCGCUGCAUGACGCAGCUGCGGGGGGUUCGGCUCGUAAGUGGGUACCCCCAGCAUUCCCUGUCUGCUGACGAGCCGAAACCCUCGCAGCUGUGUCAUGAAGCGGCAGAAUGUCGGCGAAACACGCGUGUAUGGACUUUUGGCUGAUUCCUGUGCAGUCAGUUUGGUAUCUCCUUACCCUAAAAUAUACUACUAGCUGCCUGUCGCAAUUAAUGAAUAUUACGCGGUUAUCCGCCGUGGAUGAUGGACUUCGGCCCAAAUAUUCGGUCUUCGCCCAUAAACCUAGAAUAUAUUGAUCUACACCAAGUUCGCAGUUAAUCUCUGAGGAAAUAAAAAAGCAACAAUAUACUGCUGUUGUCGGCACUCGCCGUGAGAACGUUAUCGUCUCGAACUCGUGUGACUGGGAUUAUCUCCACUGUGCUACGAAUCAGAAUCAGUCAGUAUCAACACCGACCGCCACAUAUUCACUGCAGGUGCCUAAGUUAAGUACACGUUCCACGAAGUGGAUCGUAGGAUGGAUGGCGGUCUAGUAGACUUUGUCCGAAGUUCCUCAGCUGGUGAAGGAAGAAGGGAGAUGGGGCCGCACUCAAGCUGGCGAAGGAACAGGCGAUGAGUUAAUGAGAAUAAGGUAGGGUGCCCUCAACACGGAUCACCUGUGAGAUGCGCUGGACUAAAACGGGCCAGAUUAGGGUACGACACGCUUUAAUUGGGCCCAGCGGGGUCAGCAGAAUCCGAAACAAAUGCCACAUAUGAGGUGGUGGUGGUGGUGGUGGUGGUGGUGGUGGUGGUGGUGGUGGUGGUGGUGGUGGUGGUGGUGGUGGUGGUGGUAUAGUAUGUAUGCCACAGAUGCUUGGGGUCCUUCACGCGAUUCUUACCAUAUAGCUUAUAGGAAAGUUCCAUAAAAAUAUUAUUUCUUGUACUCAUUUGGUAACAACUCAUGUCCUCUUAAAAUUUUAUACUCGAAGAUAGGGCACCCUUUGGUUUUAAAGAAUUUUUUUCUUUUCCUACUAACUUCGAACUUGAUCCGCUGUAGCACCUUUGGUUACGAUUUUCAGUUUAUAAAAUUUGAACUCUCAGUGUUAAAAACAUGCGUUCUUUUUAUGCCACUAAAAAAUACCACAUGGGACACAUAAACAGUUGCAUUUGAUGUGAACUAUGUUGUUUACUUAGGGGAAGUAUUACUUAACAGACGGAUACGAUGCCAGUCAAAUAGACAGGGCACAGUCUUAAAAAAUCUCAUAAAUGGAUAUUCCUUAAAAACCUAAAGAUACUCUUUCUCCGAACAUAGAACAUAAAAGAAGCGUGAUUUGCUACCAAAUGAGUUCUGGAAAGAACGUCCUCGUGCAUGUUUUCUACAAAGUAUAUUCGAAUUAAUAAGGGCAUGGAAAAUUCGUGUGAAAAAAUGCAUACUUCUUCAGCAGUCACCUUCUACUAAGUGCGGGUUGCGUAGGCGGGUGAAAAGACGUACACUCAAAAGCCAACACUCUGGUGUGUCGGAAGGGCCACAGGAUUAGGCCGCCAGAAAGUCAACAUUACAGCCCAGCUUAAGCGAAAACGCAUUUCAGGAUUUCGGAUAACAUUUUUAUGAGAUCAGUCACUGAACGGGGAACGGUAUAGAGAAGGACCCCACUUAACUGUCGGUAGGCUGUGGAUCGUGGCAUACGAGAUUUAUGGUAAAGGGAGUUUUAUGGGUGGGGCAGCAAGUUAGACAGGAAGCUGACACAAUGAAUGAACACACAAAAAUUGCCAGGAUUUAUGCCGAAAGUCUUAUCCUACGACAGCGGAAAUGAGAGUAGUACUAAUGAAAUGUCAACGGAAAUUACGAAAUGCGUUUAUGUUUCGAAAAAGAUUCAUUAAGUAGGGUCGUAAAACUAAUCAGACUGUAAUAAUUCAGUUACCUCAGGAUGCCGGAUUUUGAACGAACUUCUUUCCGUCUGCAUGCAAGAACCACACUCUGCGAAAAAAUUACUAGUUAAUCAGCAUGCAUUUUUCUCAUUGAUUUUCGAUGCCCUUAAAAAUACAAUUAUAUUUCAUGGAAAACAUGCAUGAAAGUAUUAGUUUGCUCAUUCGGUAGACAAUUACGUCUUUUUCCGAUCUUAUACUCGAAGGAGGGACACAAUUCGGUUUUAAAAAAGUUUCUAAUUAUGAGACUUUUAAAUACCGUGAAAUGGUCGUUCAUAAAUCGUCCUAUCUCUGCAUUUACCAAUUGGGCUCGCAAAGUUAACAAUACGGAACAAAUCCACUGCUUAAUUUUAUGAACCCUAUAUGGUCCCCCUUAAUUACCGUAGAAAAAUGAGUGGUUUUAUGUACGUGGAAAUAAUACGGUUUCUAGUUUGGAAACCCUGAAUCCAAGUGUAACGGGAGCGGGUUCAAAAUUAUUCGGGAAUAGGAAAUGUAGUUUUUUGCGUGCAGAUGGAAAGAAGCUCGUUCAAAAGGCGGCAUUUUGAGGUAACUGAAUUAUUAUAGAGCUAUGCUGCAGGCUGAUUAGUUUUACAACCCUACUUAAUUAAUUUUUUUCGAAACGAAAACGCACUUCGCAAUUACAGUUGACAUUUCAUGAGUUAGCCCACCUACUGUACGUCACGCUAUGAACCAUGUGCGGGGACCCAUCCGAAGCACGUGCUUGGAUUCGGCCUUGACGAUAGCUAGGCGUGCAGGCAAAAGACGAAGGGGUUGAGGGGGUCAGUGGUGCGUAUGUGAUAAGGGGCACUGUGCGCUGGACUUAGAAGUUCCGACGGGUGAGAUCGAGGUGAUUGUCAUGAAGCUACCGAAAUGGACUACCCGGACCGGUGUACAAGAUGGACAGUUAUCGGGACGCCACAGCAGAAGAAGCGAUACUCCGGAGGGCAGUAUUGGUCGGCUCUCGAUCGAAGGCUCGAAAACGGUAAGGAAGCCGAGAAUGACGCCAACAAUGACGUCGGAGGCGGCAGGUGAGAAUGCGUUGGUGGCCUGAAGGAAAAGGUCGGGGGCUGCUGGGGAAGGAGUAACACUGAGCCGUCCAACGGUACCACUCCGAUUGCGUCAAAAGUGUGACUGGAGGUGGUGGUGCCUGGGUGACUGACUACAGUGAUCUUCAGUCUAACCUGUUCUGCUCAGAGGUGAUGGGACGCACCGGGGGACUACAAGGCGGGACUGUGACCCGACUACUGCGGUCGUUAAGCUCUAUUCCAAAGCCGCCAAUAAUGCCACUAUCUUUAUCUUCGUUACUUAUACUUCUCCGCAAUUCACCUUAGGACAUCAUUCCGAGUUCUUGAUAAUUUCGAAUUCUUUUGCCCAGUAGUCUAUCUUUUUUCACUUCCCCUGUAGGUCGAUACUGACCGAAAACUCCGAUUUCCCCUGGACAACUGCGAUGAUAUUGAGGAUGGCGGCCCGAUACUGCUGGAUGAUGUCAAUCUUCCCUACCCCUGGCUCUAUAGGACAUUUUCGGAGGGAGAAUUUGUGAUUGUCAAGAUGGCUGGAAGGGUUGUGCUGCGAUAUUGCCCUCGUAGUCGUCACCUGAGUCAUUACCUGACUGACGCGAGUGCCUACAACCACAAGACCAAUCGCAGUGUCAUAAUCUCUCUCCUGAUUGACCGCCAGCUCACAAACGAGCAGACGGAGGUCCUAGUGGAAUCCCAGUCGGUGCUUGUGGCUCCAAUACAGAGUGAUUAUUACAUCCGCCAGCCCCUAAGAGGCCUGCCAAAGUGGCCAGCCUAUUUCAACUUCACUGUGAACACUGUCACUCAACUCUCCGCCAUCACAUUUGAGGCAGAUUCCCCGACUCCGCGUGUCUUAUUUAACGAUCUAGCUGGCUCCAAUGAGGUCUCAGACGCGGACUGGUUGCCCUCCAGAUCUGGAAAGACUGUCUGUGUGGGCUAUGCGGAUGUCAGUGAAGGCGCCUGUUUGAGUCCCAUGCAAGUGGUUGCAACUAUGCGGCAGUUGCGAGGGGCUUCUCGUCACUUGACGCAUUCCAGAAUCCCAGGCCGCAGUGUGGAGCAGGAGAGUUAUUCAGUUAGACCAAGGGUUCGCCGUUUCUCAUCAGUCAUUGUGGUGGAAGUUGGCGAUGCCGUCACACUGCACUGUCAUACAACACAGUCCGACACAGACUUGCGUAUUUGGCACAGCCGUGGAGCGUUUCGUACGCAGCAACAACAUUAUUAUCGGGUCGGAAGUGGGGGCAAUAUGAGCGGGGUGGAUGCAGUGUUGGUCGCCGUACAACCAACACUGUCCUGGAGUCCAAACACCUUCAUCAAGACAAACGAUAUCUACGUAACUGAUGAGAGAGUGUUGAGCAGAGUAACCUGUGGCAGUGUUCGGGGGAUGAAAAGCACUGGAGGGAGUUUAGAACCGCAGAGCCUUCACUUCAUUGUUCUCGACUCCCACGAGUAUACAGCCUUCAUAAGAUGGGGCGCGUAUUCCAUACGGAUGGGGACAAAGCGAGUACCACUUCGUAGACCGUUAAAAGCGAAGGCACAGAUACGCAAAGUGAGGCCCUCAAAUCGAGAGGAUACCAGCCUUAUAGUGACAUCCGUGUUUAUCGUCGUAGUGCCAGGCCUUUUAGCCAUUAUCCUGUAUCGUGUGUUCAGAAGACGGUCCGUGGAAGUUAUUACGAGACCGAACGGGAGAGAAAGACAGAACUACAGAGCGACUCUGCAGAAUGUGGAGGAACGUUUGAGAAAACUGCAAGCUCGUAUGGCUGAAAGGAAGGCAGACGCUGGUGGCCGAGGUGACACACGGAGCUUAGACGACGUGAAUGAGGCUAGGACUCCAGCCGAAAAUUUAAGACCGCUGUCGGCCUGAGUUCCGCCUGUUAUCUUAUUCUGCCUCUUGUCAUUUUAUGCUGUCUUUUUGUCUGCCGAAUUUUGUUGUUGUUUAGGAGAACUACAGUUCGUCGAGUUUAGUGCGUUCACAUAACUUUUUAGACUGUCACUUGAACCGGAAAUACUUGUAUAAAUACAACUCCUAAUGAAUUUAUUAGUGGUUCUUGUCGUCUUAUUGUCACCUCCGCACUUCCAUGAAUAGAAUAGAAUAGGUUUAUUGUAGCGCCCCUUGGGCACUGUCAGUCCCCUUUGAACUCAGGAAAAAAACCUAAAACAAACUCGUCAAUUUCAACUGCACUUUGACUUCAUUUGCUUCGGGUGUCUGGUAAGUCAAAAGAGCGCGAAUUGAGAGUUUGUUUUAAGUUAAAAAACCUCAGUUCUAAGGGAAAAUAAUAACAAAAUUUUCAAAAAAUAACGAUAUGUACAAUAUAAAAAUUGAAGUUUGCAGUUUGGUAGUUUUCGGGGGCAUGAAUAAUAUGUCCUUCAUGGCUAUUGAAGAACUUUGAUAUCGGCCUGACCUUGAAAUUAUUUUCCUGUUGGGUAAAUUUCGGUAAAACAUAUAUUGGCAUACAUACAAACACACGACGGCCCAGUUGUUGUGACUGACGAUGUCCAUCAUAUGCUCCACAGCAGGGUGAGAGCAGGGGAUGGUAACUUGCGCGUGAGUUAGCGGCAGUAGACUUUCGCAGCAUCUGACGCACCCUCUGUCCUUCCCCCCCCCCUGGACCUCGUGUCAGAACAGAGUAAAGAAAACCAGAGAGAUGGGAGAAGCUGCAGGUGACCUAGCACGGCGAAAACCCGCAGGUAGGCGUACCAGAACACCCUCUGAUCCACAAAUUACACUAAAUAAGAUCUUGCACAAGAGGAGGGAAGGGUGGCUCGAACCCCAACUGGCGCGUCGGGAGCCCGCACCUGGGCGUGCCACCACAUCCUCAGUGUUGGUGCAAAGCCCAAUGCCGCCUGCCGGACUCGUGAGAGGUCUACCUCCCCUACGGCGUGGGCUGUUUUAUGGGCGCAGAUAACACAUACGCACACCAGGGGACGGCAGAGCAUGCGGGAUGCAGGGUGCUUAGGGCGUUCUGUUUUCUCUCAAUAUUGGAGUUACGGAGGGACAGAGGAAUUCUGUUUGAGCGCCACAUUAAUCAUGGAGCGCUGCGGACAGAAAUGCCAUGGUCGGACGCAUGAGUCUACAGUGUACUGCUGACUCUAUCAACCACUGUCCAUACUGUUUGUUAAUAUCUCCUGAUCAAGUAAUAAGACCUCGGUACCUUUCAUCAAUCUCGGCCGUCUGCCCAGUUCACGUGAGUUAUCAGGUCGUUUGAAAAAGUGCCGGCGUUGUUAAUGGACAAUGUCACCGAACAGCAUGAAUAAACAGAGUCGAAGGUAAGUGAAAAUAGUGGAAAAGUUGCUGAAGUUUAGUCGAGAGAAAACAUUGCACAUCAAGUUCCGAGGCAAAUCAGUAACACCAUCUGGACACUACGGUUCAGAAGUGCAAGUACCUGAAAGCAGACAGAAGGAAAUAAACUAUUCACAUGCAAUCUUUGCUCUCCAGUGGCCGUUUAAGACUGUCCCUGGACUUUAUACAGUUCAAGUACUCUUUUCUAUUCUGUUCUACUGAAAGCUGCCGGAGGUCUUCUACUCAGCUACAUCGACAACGACUCCGUGAUCCACUGAAACAACGCGCGCUCCAGUGAUUGCGUGAGCUCACGUGAAAUUAUUGUUGGUGCUUACCGAAGAACCUAAUUAUCCUAUCAACUGACAAGCUUUCAAGUAACAAAUGUUAGCGCGUUAAAAUUAUCAUUAUUAUAAUGAGGACAUUGUGGGACACCAUCAGAGAAGAUCGUGAAGUGGUUUAGAGCCACGCAACUUAGUCCGCAUGGUCCCUGUUGGAGAACCCAUGCUCCCACUCUCAACACUGUCACUUUACAGAAGGUCAGGUGUCCCGGUUGUGCAAACAGCAAUGAACUUGUUGUGAGUCCUUUUUGAUAGAAUGUCUAGUCGAUUUGCAGGAAGAAGAAGAGGAAGACACGAUCGCUGGGACGAGAUGUCUAUUGGACUGACGUCUCGGGUUCUCACUCAAACGCAUUAACGGAGACGGUCGCAGAAAAUGGCUUAAGUGUGCGGAGUAUUUAUAGAAUGUGGUCGCCAGGCUACUAUACGCCUACCAUAUUUGACAAUACUCGUGUUCAUUGCCGGAGGUCGUAGUUGAUGCGAUGAUUGUUCAUCGGUCCGUGCUUGUGUCGUUAAUGCCCAGGAUUUCACUACCGUCGUAGAUUCUUACUGCGACGAUUACUAAGCAACUUGCUUCGUUGUCACUGUGACUGCUGGUCGACUACACCCUUCCCGUGUGGCUAGUAAUUUUGCCUAGGCAAAACCGCAGCACAGAUUAUGCAGGCGGCAGGUCACUGCGUCAGGUAAUUGAAUGCGGGCUUGAAAACCCAGACUCGAGCAGCUUGCACCUCUUACGAGGAUUUCGGCCUCAUCAAACCUGAAGGUAUGACUGGGUUCCACCGGAUGAGUCGCGAUCUGGCAGUUGGAAUCAGUCCUCCUCACUGUCGCCGCCGCCGCCGCCACCGCCAUUCGUAACUGCACCAGAUCCGGUAAACCACUCCAGACGCUUCCGGUCGUAG